AUGUAAGAAAAAAAGCAUUUAUUUGAAAUGUUAAAACAUGGGCAAAUGAAUGUUAGGAAUUAAAAAGUAUAGAAAUUUAAAUAACAAAAGAACAAAAUAUAAAAUUUAUAUUUUGGAAAUUUAUCAAUAUAAAUUCAUUAGAAUUCAAAUAUAAUAGCAUAUUUGAACUUGCUAAUUUUUGUAUAUAGAAUUAAGGGAUGGUUUCAUUUUUAUUACUGUUUGAUAUAUAGUUUAUGA